AUGCUGUGCUGGCUGAGAGAAGACGAGAUGUCGGUCCAGGAGCUGCUACAGAGGGUGCAGUGUGUCAUCACUCAUGUCGAUGAGAUCAUGCAGCAGGAGAUCAGGCCCCUGCUGGCUGUGGACAUCAUCGAGCAGCUCCAUCGCCAGUUUGCCUUGCUCUCAGGAGGGCGAGGGAAAGAGGGCGCCCCCAUCAUCAUCUUCCCAGAGUUCUCAGGCUUCAGUGAAGUGCCAGAGGAAGACUUCCUCAACGUUGUUACUUACUUGACCAGCAUACCCAGCCUGGAUGCUGCGAGUAUCGGCUUCAUCAUCAUCAUCGACCGGCGGAAGGACAAAUGGAGCUCAGUGAAGGCCUCUCUAUCCCGGAUCGCUGGGGCGUUUCCAGGAAACCUGCAGCUGGUGUUGGUGCUGCGGCCGUCCAGGUUCUUCCAGAGGGCGAUAGCAGACAUUGGAAUCAGGCUGCACAAAGAUGACUUUAAAAUGAAGGUACCGAUUGUGAUGCUGAACUCCCUGUCGGACCUCCACGGCUACGUGGAUAAAGGCCAGCUGACCCGGGAGCUGGGCGGAAACCUGGAGUACUGUCACAGCCAGUGGAUACACCACCGAACUGCCAUAGAGAACUUUGCCAUGACAGUAAAAACCACAGCCCAGAUGUUACAGAAGUUCGGGACGGACCUGGCUGAGACGGAGCUGCCCAACGACGUCCAGUGCACCAAAGACCUGCUCACGGCACACACCGACAAACACAGCAACCUCAAGGAUGAACUAAAGCUAGCUUUGAAGCAGGGUACCACCUUGUUAGGUUGUAUCAAGGAGCAGGCCGCAAAGUCGGAGAACCACAAACUCAACCCAGACGAGAUGGAGAACCAAACCACGGUGGAGAGGCUCCUAGCCCAGCUGGAUGAGACGGAGAACGCCUUUGAACAGUUCUGGUGUAAACACCAUCUGAAACUGGAGCAGUGCCUGCAGCUACGCCACUUCGAACAGGACUUCAGAGAGGUCAAAGUGUCGUUGGACAGUUUGAUGGACAUUCUAACCAGCCUAUCAGAUAUCGGGGAUUGUGUGGCCAGAGUCGAACACCUGCUGAUCGGACUGAAAACACUGGAGGAGAAGGCUCUGCCCACACUAGAAAAAGCCCAGCUCCACGCACUGCACGGUGACCAGCUGAUCCAGAGCAACCACUACGCUGUGGACUCCAUCCGACCCAAAUGUGUGGAGCUCCGGCGGGUCUGUGACGACUUCAGCAACGAGUCCAAGAAAAAGACGGACGUCUUGUCCAAAUCGCUGCAGAUUCACAUGGGCAUUGAUAAGGUAAACCAGUGGUGUGAGUCUGGCAUCUACCUGCUGGCCUCCCAGGCUGUGGAUAAGUGUCAGUCACAGGAAGGGGCGGAGUCCGCACUGACUGACAUCGAACACUUCCUGGAGUCUGCAGAAAAGAACCAGCUGACUGAACUGAAGAACCUCCACAACCAGUACGAGGUUGUCCUGUCCGAGGAGAUCCGGGCCAAUGUCCUGAAGGCACUGAAGCGCCUGGAGGACGUCCAGGAGAUGUUUCAGAAGCGGCACGUCAGUCUGAAGAGGCUGUCAGCUAAACAGACGAGGCCCGUCCAGCCCGUCGCCCCCCGGCCCGAGUCUUCUCCUAAACGGCCCGCACUGAAGAACCCCCCCAGAACUCCAGGGAGCCAGCAGCCUCUGGCCCGCAGAGUGUCAGACAACUCUAACAGUAGCAGGCAGCCAGUCGAAGUGGAUCCCAGCAAGAAGAGGAUCAUACGCAAGGCCAAGGGAGGCAUCAAGAUUGAGGUGAUGCAUGAGGAAAGCCAAGGAGGCUCCACCCAUGUCAUUGUGACCAAUGAGACAGAGGAGAGUCUGUCCAACAGACGCAGACACAUCAUGACUGAGCUGAUUGAAACCGAGAGGUUGUAUGUGGAGGAACUGCAAAGUAUCAUGGAGGGUUAUUUUGCAGAGCUGGAUAACUCAGAGCUCAGCCACCUCAUCCCUCCGUCGCUGGACAACAAAAGGGAUGUGCUGUUCGGCAACCUGCCCGAGAUAUACGAGUUCCACAACAGGACAUUUCUCAGGGAGCUGGAGAACUGUGCCGAGAAACCAGAGCUGGUGGGAACCUGCUUUCUGAAAAGGAAAGAAGAGCUGCAGGUGUACGAGAAGUACUGUCAGAACAAACCUCGCUCUGAGGUCCUCUGGAGACAGUGUGGAGACAGCCUGUUCUUUCAGGAAUGCCAGAAGAAGCUGGACCACAAACUGUCUCUGGAUGCCUACCUGCUGAAGCCGGUCCAGAGGAUCACCAAAUACCAACUCAUGGUCAAGGAGAUGUUGAAGUGCAGUAAGGGAGAGGGGACGGCUGAGUUGGAGGAGGCUUUAUCCACCAUGCUGGACAUCAUCAAGUCUGUCAACGACUCCAUGCACCAGAUAGCCAUCACUGGCUUUGAGGGGAACCUGAGUGAACUGGGGAAACUGCUGAUGCAGGGAUCCUUUAAUGUGUGGACUGACCACAAGAAAGGCCACAGCAAGGUGAAGGACUUGGCCAGGUUCAAGCCCAUGCAGAGGCACCUGUUCCUGUAUGACAAGAUGAUGCUGUUCUGUAAGAAACGAGAGGAGACCUCAGACGGACACGACAAGACCCCGUCCUACAGCUUCAAACAUUCGCUCAAGAUGAGCUCUGUGGGCAUCACGGAGAACGUCAAAGGCGACAUCAAGAAGUUUGAGGUGUGGUACAACGGCAGAGAGGAGGUGUACAUCAUCCAGGCUCCUUCCAUGGAUGUGAAAAAUAUGUGGGUGUCAGAGAUUCGUAAAGUUCUUACGGGCCAGCUAGAGGCGUGCAGAGAAGCCAGCCAGCUCAACAUCUACGGGGCCCCCAUGAGGAAUGUGCGUAAGAUGGCGCUGAGACACUCCGAUUCCUCGAGUCCAGAGUCGGGCUUCAGGAGAGCCAACCCCAGCCCCAAUAUGAGGCAGAAGAGAGUCGACGCUUCGGCCUCGGCUGCUAACGCUAGGAAACGCUUCACCUUGCAGGGGCUUUCCAACAGGAGGUCUCUUCAAGCAGAGCCUGCUGCUAAGGAGGCAGUGGUCACCCGCCGCUUCUCUCUCGCCUCCUCUCUCACCUCCUCUUCCUCCUCCUCCUCCUUCGCCACACAACGCACAAAAGGUCCCCUGUCUGCUAGCAUAAAGAGCAAGAGACACGAGAUAAAGAGUGACCCCACUCCGUUUGGUUACGAAGAUACUUUGCGUGGUGCUAUGGCUGCAGUCAGGAAACGUCAGAGCAUGACUAGCAGCACCGCUGCUGCUGCUGGCGGCCCCCCCGCUGUCCCUAGAUCCACCUCCCAACCAGGCUGGGCCCAGAGAAGGCUCCCUUCCAUGGAUACAGACGACUUUGAGACGAUCCCCUCCAGUGCAGAGGAGUCCUCCAACUCUUCAGAAGAGGAAGGCAACAAUAAAAACGGUGACAGCAGUCGAUUCCGGGUGCAGCUGACCUAUGAGUCUCAUGAAGGCCGAGACCUCUCUCUGGAGGCGGGCGACCUGGUCCAGUUUGUGGAGGAAGCGGAGAGCGGACACUGGCUAGUGAAGAACCUUUUAACAGAGGAGACAGGGCUGGUCCCGCCCAGUAUACUGCAGACAGCAUCUAAAGGAGAUAUCUUCAGUGAUCUCUGUACGGCAGCACUCUCGGACUCGGACGACAACGAAGCCAGUACGUGGGGAGAUGUGUCUCAGGACAGCAGAUAAACAUGGCUGACUAUUGUAGUUCAUGUUGGACUACAAACAUUUUGGUUGGAUCACAAAGAUAGUUUUUCAACACAUUUUCUAAACUGGACUUUCAAUAUCAACGACUCUUAGCUUUCUACUUGAAGGUCUUCAUUAGAACUACAAAUAUGACCUGCUAUUGUAUUUUAAUUUUCAUGAAGCUUCUCAGUGAAGCUUCUGGAAACAGCUGGUACCUUCAGGCUGGUUGCUAAAGUGGGAAAAGCCAUAUAAGACUUUUGAUUCAAGGGAGUCCCAGCUUUCAUUGGUCCAUGGAGAACUGAAGACUGCAUGGAUGUGGACACUGAACUUCACAUCCAGUCAGAUGAAUUCUGAAUAUUUACUGUAGAAAAUGCAAUUCCAGAGUGUGGUGAAUAGCGGAAAAACUCAAAUCCCUUUUCUGACUUGCACAACCUUGAAGAAAGGAAUAAAUUCCAUGUGCUGGUUGUGAGCAGGCCUCGGCAACGGGCUCUGUGUUGCUGCUGAAGUCAAACUCUUUGAGACCAGGUUCUGCCUCCACUGCCCCGCUUCAGGACGUUUUGGGUUCAAACUACAGCCACUUCACAGUAGCUGCUGCCUCCUGAGGAACCUACAAGUUGUCUUACUUUCCUGUCUUGGCCCCCGGUAGAGCCCCCCGCAUGAUAUCAUCACAUUUAAUCUGAUGCAUUAUCCCAACGUGCCCGUUUUCACAACCUGUAGACUUGCAAAUGAUCUGUGUAAAUUGCUCAAAGAGGUUUUCAUUCAUAACCCAGUUUAAAAAAACAAAAAGUAUUUUACAUAUGGUUUAAUCUAUCUGGAAAUAACUUGAAUUAUGUGCUCACAGGUGUUAUACGAUACAAUGUUUUGUUUUGGACAGAAUCUUUUUAAUAUGUAUUGUAUGGUUUCCUGCUCGGCAUCAAUGAACACUCACAAGUUGUGUCAAUUGUGGAGGAGUGGGUGAACGGAACAGCUUCUGGGAGGGGGUCCAAGAUGUGCUUCUCUUGACAGAAUACUUACUAUAUUUACUGUAUAUGAAUAUUCAUAUGAAACAAACAUAACAACAAUAUAGGUCAUAUAGGAAUAUAACACUGUAUUUUGUCACUUGGGGGCAGAAACGGAUACUUUCUGUUUGCUUUGGUGUGACAUGGACGUUGUCAUCAGAGGGUGGACAAAUGGCGGACUUGUCUGGACUUGUCCAUGCGGCUACUGCGCUUAAAGUGCUAGCGGAGUGAGUGCAGGACAUAGAACCAAAAAAAGAGCUAAAAGAGGUGAUCAAUAAUUCAUAGAGCUGAGCGUAACUCCAGAGUUGAGUUGAUUUGUCAUCAAAUCCACCCCUGGCCACCCCUUUUGCAUCACACAUAGUCCUUUGACUCAUUGUUCAUUCACAAUUCAUUGAUUGGUGCGGCUUUAAAAAAAGAAAACAGGGUUUACUAAGUCAGGGGUGCAACAAUUGAGAACAUUGUUAAAAAACAGAAAGAAGAAAAAGUUAUUUUCAAGCAGAGAAUUCAUUUGAGGAAUCGACCAUCAUGUGUUUAUUCAUUAUACAUGCACAGUGCAUAGCAGAUAGAAGAAGCCAAAUGGCUUUUGAUGGGAAUUAAGCAUUACUGCAUCUCUUCUUUAGAUGAAUGGGCGGGUGGAUUCAUUAUCUCUGUGACAUGUCAUGCUACUUGGACUCAUCCUCUACAUAAGGGGAUUUAUCCUAGCAAGCUUUCUGAGAACACGUCACACUCUUUGAGUCGCCGGAUGCCAGCUGCUACAGUAUCUACAGGCAGGACAUAUUCAGGCGUUGUGUUUCUGAUUUGUGUGCAUGGAAACACUUUAUGGACAAUGGAUACGUUACGAUGCUAUCCAGGCAAUCAGAAAGCUAGAUAUGAGCAAGCUCCUUUUCAGUGGCUCAGACAAGCGGAGCUCGGACUCAUACUUGAGACCAGAUUAAUUGUAGAAUCUGAGCGUUUGGAUCAGUUUAGCAACUGCAUCGUCAGAUUCACGCCAGUCUUUUGAAGUCAUUGUGGAAAGCUCUUACACCAGUGGUUUUGUUACCGAGAUAUUAGCACGUGUUAGCAAUUUGAAAAGCAGCAAAGUGAAGCCAGCGGACUGGCUAUUUGUUGCAAGUGAUUUUUCAGGGAAAUGUUUUUUUUAGCAAGCAGCACCUGGGCUGUUUCCUAACAUCAGCUGUAUAGGUUUCACCUUCUCAGAGAGUAUAAUGGCACUGCACACUGAGGGCUCAUUCAAGGAGAGGACAUUUUGGUAACUGUAAAUAACAGUGUUAGUAUAUUGUUGCAUAUUUUCUGAAUGACUGCUGUAUUGUGGGACACCAUGCUCCCUCCAAGGCUUUUCGGCAUGAUGUGGCAUUUCUACUGACGGAUUGAGUUCUGUGGACUGUUCACUGAGAAACCUGUAUCUGCAGAUAGAUGGGAUGUCACGUCACAAGAACAUUGAUUUACAUUCACUCUGUAACUUGUUAGAAAAAAAUUGAAAAAGGGUUAUCAAAAGGCUGAAUGUAUUAACCUGUAUACAUACAUACAUGAUGACUGAAUACAUGUCAAAGUGUAAUACUGAGUUACUCUGUGAGAAAACUACAGUAAGUAACUGGGACCAGUCUUUUAAAACAAGUCAGAGGUUGGUUUUGAUAAGCAAUUAGAAAGUGAAUGGACGAUGCAUUGAUGGAUACGUAUAUAUGGAUGGAUGGAUGAUGCUAUGAUGGAUAGGUGCAAUAGAUGGAUGGAUGGAUGGAUGAAUGGAUGAGUAGAUGGAUGGUUGGACAGACAGAUAGACGGACGGACAGAUAGAUAUUUUGACUGCAACUUGGUUACUAACUGUAACAGAACUCUAUUAAAAGUCAUAUACAUUUAUAUUAGUCUCAUUGUAAAGAAAUACGCUCCUCUUGAACAUGCUGUAUAUUUGGUUUAUCCUCUGCUCAAUGACAAAUAUUGUAUCUUUGUAAAGAAAUAUUUCUAUUGUACUGCAUCCUGCUGUAAGCCUAUUAUAGAAUGUAUCAAGUCUGUAUAUUGUACAAUCUGUCAUUGCAAUGUACAUAUUGAUUUAUUAUUAUGAUCAGGCAUUUACGAUAUUCAUUUUGUCACCUUGUUUUUUUCUUUUUUGUAUUUUAGACAUAGUCAAUUAUUCCAAACUUAAUAAUGCAUGUAAGACUGAGAUUUGAUACAGAGAGGUGCUUGAUUUAAAAUAAAGACCCCAUUUCUGAUA